AAAUUCUUAAUAUUGAAGAUGUCAGGAAAGAACUUAAACAAAGGCAAAAUGCUUUAGAAAAAAUUAGACAAAAUCUUAUUAAAUAUCGGGAUGCUCAAAAAGAAGGACGAUCACUUCAUAUGGAUAACUUAAUUGAAUUGUGUGAUAGUCUUUAUAAAAGUACAAUUGUUGAAGAAAAGGAUAAUGUGCAAUUACUUACUACCGCAAUUGUAUUCGCAUUUGUUCAUCUUACAAUUUUGAGAGAAAGGCAUAGGCAUUAUAAGGAUAUAUACUCUAACGGAUUAAAUAAAACAUACGAAGCUGAUCUAAUAACAAAAGUUCAGGAAUAUAAGCAAUAUUUUAUAGAUAUGUAUGAUAAAUGGGAAGAUUGGCGUAAAAGUCUCAUUAUUUUUCGAGGUCUCGAAACAAACCCCGAUCCAGACUUUCCCUGUCUGGUAAAUGAUAGUUUUCAUAACUUGUAUAUGUACUUUCAAUAUCCGAAGACUUUCAUUCAUGAUGAUAAAAUGGUGGAAAAACAUCGUGAAUUAUGUGUACAAGGUCAAAUGGCUUUUCUUAAUGAAGCAAAAGACGCGUUUAUGAAGAUGUAUGUAUAUACUUUUGAUUUGAAUAAAUUCUUACCUGGUAAAUGGGCUGCACCUCCUGAAGCACCUAAUCGAAGAAUUGGUACCCUUCAAUAUGGAAUUGUUGGAAAAAGUGCUUUUCCAGAUGUAAAAAAUUAUGGAACAGAUUAUGAAGAAAGGUUUCACUUGAGUCCUGAGCAACGUGGUAUCAUUACAGGCUUAAACAUUCACUAUUCUGAUAUCGUGCAUGGUUUAACGGUUAAAUACAAAGGUCUUCCUGUGACCACUGCAGGGGAUGUAAAAGGUGGAGAAGCGUCAACUAUUCGAGGUCUUAGUAAAGAUCUUUAUAUAACUUCGGUAGAAGUUUACUUUUCUGAUCGUAUCAUUAGUGGUAUUCAAUUCUAUUUCAAUAGUACUCCAAACUCUGAUAUUCUUAAAAGUGAUAUAAAUGUAAAUAGUUCAGAAAUUUUUGGAAGUGACUUAAAUGCACAAAGAUUCGUUAGUGAACCUCCUCAUGGUUUCAAAUUGGUAGGAUUUCAAAUGGCUUCGUCUAAAUCUUUUUCAAAACAAAUUGAUUGUUUGGGUUACACUCUUUUAACUUUUGAACAUUUAAACAUAGCCGAGUAA